UCUGGCCACACUGUCUGUCCACAGAGUGUCAACAAUUGUUUUCUCUUUGCAUAAUACAGAUCCAUAAAAACUGCAGAAGAUUCCUUUCAUUAACUUCCCCAUGCUCGCCGGACUCUGCAGAACACAGUUUGGAUUGAUAAAAGGCUCUACCUGCCAUGUGCUCAAAAUGUCCACUGUCGAAAAACCUAUCGAAAAUGCUAUCCGUGCAGGACUAACGAAAGAGCUUGCGCCCGUGCAUUUGGAAGUGGUCAAUGAAUCGUACAUGCACAACGUGCCCAAGGGUUCCGAGACGCACUUCAAAGUUUUAGUGGUUUCGCCACAGUUCGAGGGACUUCCGCUAAUAAAGCGGCAUCGUUUGGUGAAUGAAAUCGUUAAGUCGCAGCUUGCUGGAGAUUUUGUGCACGCACUUUCGAUAGUGGCCAAGACACCUCAGCAGUGGGAUGAAGCGUACAAGCUCGAACCUAGCCCAAACUGUAAGGGAGGAUUCGGGAAAUAAAUCUUUGCACCUUGUUAGCUAA